UGAUGAGCCGUGAGCUGUCAAUGCAAUGACUCACUUCUAAUGUCAGGUCAAAAGAGCUAGUUGAAAAAGAAACUUUAAAAUAACCAGUUACUUCUGUCUUCUGUUGUAUCAUUUUUUGUUUACCUUCGGAUAGAUUGAGAAUUUGAGAGUUGAAUAUACCCAUAGUUUGAUCAUACACAUCUAUUAAUGGAUUCAUUAACUUUAUCCACAGCUAAAAUUGCAAAUGGGGCCAUUGUUUGCUGUGAGUGUGAGUUACAAGGUGACAUAACCAUAGGAUCUCGAACAGUUAUUCAUCCCAGAGCGAAAAUCAUAGCGCUAUUAGGUCCGAUCAUAAUUGGAGAGAACAACAUUAUAGAAGAGCAAGUUCAGAUUAUUAACAAUGGUGAAGACACUAUGGUAAUUGGUAACAACAAUGUUUUUGAAGUUGAUUGUCGAGUUGAAUCUAAGAAAAUAGGAGAUAACAACAUAGUAGAAUCAAAAGCUUUUGUUGGGAGACAAACAUCAUUAAGUAAUGGUUGUGUCAUUGGAGCAAAGUGUGAAGUCCUAGUUCAUGAGACUCUACAAGAGGGUUCUCUGUUUUAUGGAUCUGGUCCUGAUGUCAAGAGGAGAGUGCAAUCAGAUAAACCUUCUGCUCAAGGUGCCCAAAUCGAAUUCCUAUCCAAAGUAUUACCCAAUUACCAUCGUAUAAGGAAACCUCUAGUUUAAAAGUCGCUGUUGAAAAUAAAUUUGAUAUCCAACAUCA